UCCAUCCCCACCCCACUCAGUGACAUCUGCUCAGAUACAGAGGUUGAUUACAUUCGGGGUCAUGGACUUGCAGAACCAGAAGGGACUUUGGAGAACACUGAUUCAGAGUGUGGCCCUGAGAUCCCCAGCGUCAGCAGUGUUUGGGAACAGGGCCCAGUAACCAUGGCCCAUUACAAGGCUGAACAGGAUGACUGGCUGAUUGUCUACCUGAAGUAUUUGCUGUUUGUGUUCAACUUCUUCUUCUGGGUGGGGGGCGCUGCCAUCCUGGCUGUGGGCAUCUGGACCCUGGUGGAGAAGAGUGGCUACCUCAGUGUCCUGGCCUCCAGCACCUUCGCUGCCUCCGCCUACAUCCUCAUCUUCGCGGGCACCCUCGUCAUGGUAACCGGCUUCCUGGGCUUCGGAGCCAUCAUCCGGGAGGACAGGAGCUGCCUCUCCACAUACUUCUGUCUGUUGCUGGUGAUCUUCCUAGUGGAGCUGGUGGCAGGCGCCCUGGCCCACGUGUACUACCAGAGGCUGGGUGACGAGCUGAAGCAGCACCUGACCCGGACUCUGUCGGAGAACUACGGGCAGCCCGGCGCCGUGGAGAUCACCGCCUCCGUGGACCGUCUGCAGCAGGAUUUCAAGUGCUGUGGCAGCAACAGCUCUGCUGACUGGCAGCACAGCGCCUACAUCCUGUCUCGGGAGGGCGAGGGCCGCCAGGUACCCGACAGCUGCUGCAAGACUGUGGUGGCGCGCUGUGGCCAGAGGGUCCACCCUUCCAACAUCUACAAGGUGGAGGGAGGCUGCAUCACCAAACUGGAACAGUUCCUGGCCAACCACCUCCUGCUCAUGGGGGCGGUAGGCAUCGGGGUGGCCUGCCUGCAGCCAAAGACGCAUCACACGGUCGCUCUCUUCCCCAGAAACAUACAGGAAAGUGCCUGGCCUGGGGGCCAACUUGAACUUGUAAGGAACAGAGACCUGAGAGGAGUAUGAGUGUGGGCUCAGACCUGCGGGAUGGCGCUCACCUGCUGCCUGCACCGGAGACUCCAGCUGCAUUUUCACUGAUGGCCAGCCGUGUCCCCCCCAGCUGCCUCUUGCAAGGACAAGAGCUCAAGUCCCAUCUGCCAGACCUGUGGAGUCAGCAUUAGCUCACCUACAAACUCCCCCAGUGCCUACUGCCUUCGGACCCACUAAAUGCCCAAGACCAUGGCUCCUGUGGUUCCCACCCAACAGGGACCCUUGGCCCGACCCUCCACUCCUGAGCGCUCAGUGCCAGAGUCCCCAGAGCAGGACACUGUCUCUUCCAGGGACAGCAGCCAGAGCCUCUCACCAGGCAUGAAGCUCCCAUGAACCACAGGAAGGUGAGAGUUGGACUCUCUGCUCCCUCCCAGCUCUUGAACCUACAUCCAAGGGCUAUAACCUUGACCCCUCUUGGACCCGGCAUUCAGCAUGCCCCCCACCAGUGCUGCAGCCCUCCUCUCUCACCUUGGCCCAGGCUUUGUGUGUGUUUCUCUUGCCUCCCCAAAAUGCACCAGGGUAGGGCAGUUAGGGUUAUCUCUGUCCCCAGAAGACCCAGGUCUUUGAUCUGCCCACCCCCAAGUCUUCUUGAGGCAAAGGACUUUCCUGAUGGCCUAGUUCCUUCCUGCAGGGCCUGGGAGCAGAGAGGACCAGGUGCGAGGUAUGGCAGCUGGGGGCUGGGUUUGGGCAGUGGCAGGCCUGAUGGGGCUGCGGGGCAGGGAGCAAGUCGAGGGAGCCAGCGCCACCAGCACAUGUGGCACCAGGCACCUGCGCCGCCACCCGAGGCCUUCCCCAGUAGAGGGGGGAUGCCCUGGGAGACAAGGCCCCAGGCCCCAGCCACCAGUAAUCUGCACCUCCUCCAGAAUUCCCUGUUCUGUGGUCUGGUUCCCAAGAAUGCCAGGACUUUAGAACUUCAGCACUUACUGUGGGCGGGUGUGAAAUUCCCUCCUGAUUGGGCCAAAUCACAGACCCUGUGAAGUUAGAGCCACUGACAAAGUGAAGUUUCGCGUAGAGGGGUGCCCUGCCCUGCACCUCACUCGUCCUGGGCCGGUGCUCCCUGACCAUGAGGCCACCAGCAUGCAGUCUCCAGGGGCCUUGCUCUGCUCCCCGGAGUGAACACAGUCCCUCCCUUCGGUUCUGUCUUGAAUCUCUGAAUGAGGCAGCGAAUCUUCAGGAAAAACUUUCCUGGAUAUUAAAGGAGGAUGGAAAGCAAGUCCUAGAAAAUGCAGAGUGUAGGUGCUGGCAGUUUUCCAAAGAAAGGUGUCAACUCCUAAGACAGCCCUAGGGACCCUCUCAGAUGGCUGUGACAAGUGGGCAACCCUGAGGAAAAUCCACACCGGCUUCCACACCUCCCAGGUCCUGCGCUUCCCUCCUGGAGACCCUCUUACAUCCCACCCAUGAGGGGUGGUCCCUUGUUAUGCUGAAACCAAGGCUGAGAAAGGUCACCCCUUGCCCCGACUCGUUCCAGGCCUGGGUCUGAUGAGCUCGACUCUGCUGGGCUGGGUCAGUCCUGGGUGAAGGAUAUUCUGUCUCCCAUGCACAGGUCACUGCUGUCCCCAGUACAGCCCUCAAUUUUGCAGAAACUGCACACCCUCUGACCAGGGAUGUCCCUGUGCAUAGAGGGCAGCUUCCCAGGGCAGAUUGCUUCCCUGCCUUGGGGACCCUCCAGGGGCCAUGGGGACCCUGGCUGGCUUAGAUCCUCCACCUGGAGGGCCUUGGGCAGGCUAACACAAAUCUGUUAGAAGGGAGAUCAGUGGUCCCAGCAAUCCCAGACUUUUGUCCCAGCAGGACAAAAGAAAUGGUGGUGCAAUCAUCUUUCCUGCCCUCCAGCCUCCUGGGUUUCGCGCAGAUAAAUAAAAAUGACAACAACUCCCAAGCUCUUUGCAGGGCCAGACAUCAGACCGACGACGAGUCUCAGCGAGUGCCAGCUGAGAAACAGAGCCGUGCUCGUCCUGCCAAGGGGCCCCAGGGAGGCAGCAAUGAGAGGCAGGGGCUGUGGCCCUAUCACAUGUCUGUCCCUGACUGGGUCCCUUCCUUCUUUACUGAGGUCACCCAGGCCUGUGGAGAUGGGGAUGGGGGCGAUGGGUGGGUGUUAGUUGCACAGCUUUGUCACCAGGGAGACCAGGAGAGUCCAGUUUUCUGCCCCAACCUCCUGCACUGCAGGGCCAGCCUGGCAGGGGUCAGGCUGAGUUGUGGUUCCAGGGCAGCAUCUUGUCCAGAGUGCUACUGGAGGAUGGCGGGCUGGUUCAAGCAGAGAGAGGGAGAGAACAGCCCAGAACUUUUUGGAACUCUGUUCUCCUUGUUCGUGUCGACAGCCUGGGAAAUGAAGCAAGGUUAAAGGAAACAGAAGCUUGGGAUAGAGCGAGUUCCUGAGGGGCAUGCCAAAGGCUCACGUCCAGAGCUGGGGUGCUGUCCCCCGCAGGGGGCGCUGGUCCUGCCUGUGAGCACACAGAUCUGGGCCCAGGAUGGCUCCUCCCAGGUUCCUUCCUACUUGUAAGCUAUCACAGCCCUGAGCUCCUUGGUGAGAGAGAAGGGCAAGCUCGCUGAAAGCUAACACACUCCCAUGUGGGCCCAAGGCUCCAGCGCACCAGGGCCCAGAAAGGAAGCCAGAAUUUUGCAGAGAGAAAUCUGGCCACAGCAGGUGCUGGCAUAUCAACCAGCCGAGGUCACCACAUGUUCUCCCUGAACUCACCAAGCUGCCCUUCCCUCCCUCCACUCACAGGGCAGCCAUCCUGAGAGGGCGAGGGGGUGGUGCAUCCCCCGACUCCCUGGAUGACAUGUGUCUGGGGACACAGGAGUGUAACUUGGCCUUUGGUGAGGGGACCAUCCUUCUCUUUCUCCCUUCCCCCUCCCCAGCUCCAGGAGCUCCUGAGAGGCACAGCCAUAUGGGGGCAGUGCCCAGGACCCUGUGUUUACUGAAGGCCUACUGUGAGCUUAGAAUAUGUCCAUCACAGACAUACAUCAUCCCGUAGUGAUUGGGAUAAUGGAAUAUGUUCCCCAUUCUACCAAUGAGGAAAUUAUGGCUCGCAGAAGUUGAGAGACUUGCUUGCCACUCGGUGUGGUGGCUGUUGUCAUGCUGCCCCUCUCCUCAGUGCCCCUCAGUUCUCCAUCUAUAAGAAACCACCAGGCUCACCAUAAAUGCCCUAGGGGAGAACACAGGGAGGAAAAUCUCAGAUAUUCCAAGCAGCAAUACCUUCACUGACACGUCCCCUAGAGCAAGGUACAUAAAGGAAA